AUGUUAACAAAUGUAGGUAAUACAACUGUGGAAUUAUUGAAGGUAGAAAAAAAACACGUAAAAAAUGUGUUAUAUAAACUUUAUUUUCAAAUUUUAUAUAACAUAAACAACUAAUUAUGAUAAAUAAAUGCAUAUAGAAAUUUGCACUAUACUGUCAUAAAAAAUAACCUUAAGAUUUCUCUAUUAAAAAAAUAAGAUAGGACAAAAUAUAUAAUAUAAAAUAUUGUAUUUGAACUAAUUACUUUCUAAUAUUAUUUUAUUGUAAUUUGUGGUAGUAACCCCGAAAAGGUUUUAUUACUCAAUGUAAACAAUCAUAGUGCACAUGUGUUGCUGUGCAUUGUUUUGAAAAAGUACUUUUAAUCUCAACUAUGCAAUUUCAAUGAUUAAAGUGCUUACCUUGACUUCAUCUACAACAAAGUUUUGAAACACUAAUACGAACAUUUCAGGAUGAUUAUCAGUUCACAUAAUAUUAAUAGACAAUCUAAAAGACAAUUUCACGAAUUUUAACAUUCACAGCCAUGUUUGUUUACAAGCCAGUCGUUGCUAACGUGCUAAGAAUCAUUGGUCACAAGGUACUGUCACGUGACUAUUAACUUGAUCGUAGAGUAAGUUGUGUGUCAGGAGUUUGUACGCAGGUUGUGGAUAAAGUUUGUGCUUAAAUAAAUUAUUUUCGAUUCACUAUUAACUACGCUGUGAUACUUCCUCAACAAUGAUUUUAAUGCCAAAGGAAUCCGCAAAAUUAAUAGAUUUUUGUUCUAAGGAUGUUUCCGUUGAAGAAGAAGGAAUCAAAAAUCUUGCCUAUGCGGUUUUUGAAGCCCUUAACGAUCGCAAAAUAAGCGUGAACAAUUUUUCACAAUGUCAGUUUCACCCUUCUCCUGAUGAUCUAAAGGCAGUCGAUUGGAUAUUUGUCUUGGACACACUGAAUUAUUCCUUUUGGAGUAAAACAAAUUGUCCAAAGUGGACUGUUAAUGGCCAGACUGGGUAUUUUGCCUUGUGUGCUGCUAUUAAGAGAGCUGUAGAUGAGGGGAAACCUAUAGUCGACCCCAAGUAUUAUUCUCAAAUAACGAGAUCCGAAGCUGAGCAUAUUUUUCGUGGCGAUACUGAAACUAGUAUCCCGCUGUUAGACGAAAGAGUUAAAUCCUUGAGAGAUGCCGGAAAGGUUUUGUUAGAAAAGUAUCAAGGUACCUUUACUAACUGUGUGAAAUCGUGUUCGCGCUCAGCCGAAAAAUUGCUGAAAUGUAUCGUGGAAGAAUUUGAAUCUUAUCGAGAUGAGGCAGACUACAGAAUUCACAAAGUUAGCUUCUACAAGCGGGCUCAAAUACUGAUAGGCGACAUUUGGGCCUGUUUCAAGGGGCAAGGAAUUGGUGAAUUUGAAGACAUAGACUGCAUCACGAUGUUCGCUGAUUAUCGUAUUCCACAAGUUCUACUACACUUUGGUGCUAUUCGUUAUAGUAAUACUCUUCUGAGCAGACUACAGUCUGAUAUAGAAUUAGAAAACGGUAGCGAAGACGAGAUCGAAAUUCGAGGUUGCUCUAUAGAGGUUAUCGAACGGGUCAAGGAUGAAGUGAGAACUCUAAUCGGGCGCUACCCUAAUCUAGCGUUAAAAAAAUCAGACAUUAACGCUAUAUUGAUCGAUCAUUUUCUAUGGGAUUAUCGGCGAGAACACGCCGCUGAAUUAGAAAGUAUACCGUUCCAUAAAACUAGAUGCAUAUAUUACUGAGCAUAUCACGUGUCUCAUAAUUAGUAUUUAAGAAAAAAAUUUGAAAAUUGCCUAUCACGCGUAUAAUAAUUUUACAAAUUACAUAUCUAAACAUACGAUGUAUUUGGCUAUCUUAUUUUAUAGCUCUCCAACAAAAAGUAGUAUUUUUACAAUUAUGAAAGAUGUUGAUAGAAUACAUAUACUGAUUUUAUAGUUAUACAGACACUUAUGUACGUGCACGUAUUCAAAUAAAAUACUCAUCAUAUUUUA